AUGGCGGGACACCUGGCUUCCGACUUCGCCUUCUCGCCCCCGCCGGGCGGUGGAGGCGAUGGGCCGGGAGGGCCAGAGCCGGGCUGGGUUGAUCCUCGGACCUGGAUGAGCUUCCAAGGGCCUCCCGGUGGGUCAGGGAUCGGGCCGGGGGUUGGGCCCGGCGCCGAGGUGUGGGGUCUUCCCGCGUGCCCCCCGCCCUAUGACUUCUGCGGAGGGAUGGCCUACUGUGCACCUCAGGUUGGAGUGGGGCUGGUGCCCCAAGGCGGCCUGGAGACCCCUCAGCCCGAGGGCGAGGCGGGAGCCGGGGUGGAGAGCAACUCCGAGGGGGCCUCCCCGGAGCCCUGCGCCGCCCCCGCUGGCUCCGUGAAGCUGGACAAGGAGAAGCUGGAGCCGAGCCCCGAGGAGUCCCAGGACAUCAAAGCUCUUCAGAAAGACCUUGAACAAUUUGCCAAGCUCCUAAAGCAGAAGAGGAUCACCCUGGGAUAUACCCAGGCCGAUGUGGGGCUCACCCUGGGGGUUCUCUUUGGGAAGGUGUUCAGCCAAACGACCAUCUGCCGUUUUGAGGCUUUGCAGCUCAGUUUCAAGAACAUGUGUAAGCUGCGGCCCCUGCUGCAGAAGUGGGUGGAGGAAGCUGACAACAACGAGAAUCUGCAGGAGAUAUGCAAGGCAGAGACCCUCGUGCAGGCCCGGAAGAGAAAGCGGACGAGUAUUGAGAACCGAGUGAGAGGCAACCUGGAGAGCAUGUUCCUGCAGUGCCCAAAGCCCACCCUGCAGCAGAUCAGCCACAUCGCUCAGCAGCUCGGGCUUGAGAAGGAUGUGGUCCGAGUGUGGUUCUGCAACCGUCGCCAGAAGGGCAAACGAUCAAGCAGUGACUAUUCGCAACGAGAGGAUUUUGAGGCUGCUGGGUCUCCCUUCUCAGGGGGACCAGUAUCCUUUCCUCUGGCGCCAGGGCCCCAUUUUGGUACCCCAGGCUAUGGGGGUCCUCAUUUCACUACGCUGUACUCCUCAGUCCCAUUUCCUGAGGGUGAGGCCUUUCCCUCGGUGUCUGUCACCACUCUGGGCUCCCCCAUGCAUUCAAAUUGA